CCGUUUUCUCCCCCACACCACGACCCAUCUCGCUCCCUCCUCCCGCGCUGCUCACUCCCCACCGACACUCCCCUCCGCCACCAUGGACCGCGCCCCGUCCGUCUCCGACGAGGACGACGACCUCGAGACGCUCGUCCCCCAGAACCACACCAAGCCGCCCUCCCCGUCCUCCCGCUCCCGCUCGCCGCCCUCCUCCUUCGGCGUCGCCGCGCUCCCCUCCUCCUCCUCCUCCUCCUCCGCCGCCUCCCUCGGCCGCGCCCUCUGGUCCCGCCGCUACCUCGUCCUCUUCGUCUCCCUCCCGCUCCUCUCCCUCGCCCUCUUCCUCUCCCUCGGCGGCGCCUCCUCCCUCCGCCUGCCCGCCUCCAUCCGCCUCCCCUCCGCCGCGCCCGCCGCCGACCCCGCCGCAUCCCGCAUGCGCGAGGCCGAGCUGCGCGCGCUCUACCUCCUCCGCUCCCAGCGCUCCGGACUCCUCAGCCUCUUCAACCGCACCGCCGCCGGCGCCACCAACGGCUCCGCCUCCGCCGCCGUCUCGCUCUCCGAUCUCCAGGCCGCGCUCGAGAGCCAGAUCAAGAUCAACCGCGAGAUCCAGGUGGCGCUCCUCUCCGCGCACCGCUCCGGGGCCGGCAAUGCGACGGAGGACGGCCUGGAUCUCGAUCUCCCUGCCACCGGGUGCAGGAGGAGGGAAUUGCCAGCAGGCCGGCGGACGAUCGAGUGGAACCCCAAGAAGGACCGGUUCCUCUUCGCCAUCUGCCUCUCCGGGCAAAUGUCCAACCACUUGAUUUGCUUGGAGAAGCACAUGUUCAUGGCGGCGAUCCUCGGGCGGAUCUUGGUGGUGCCCAGCCAGAAGGUGGAUUACCAGUACGAUCGGGUGCUUGAUAUCCACCACAUUAAUGAUUGCAUCGGGAGGAAGGUUGUGAUCACCUACGAGGAGUUUGUGGACAAGAGGAAGAAAGUGAGCAUUGAUCAGUUCAUAUGCUAUGCGGCCUCGCCUCCAUGUUUCCUUGAUGAGGACCAUAUUAAGAAGUUGAAGGGAUUGGGGAUUUCUCUGGGCAAGAUUGAGGCAGCUUGGCCAGAGGAUGCGAAGCUCAAGGAGCCAAAGAAGAGAUACGUGGGGGAUAUUACGCCAAAGUUCUCGACGGAUGCUGAGGUCCUUGCCAUUGGUGACAUGUUCUAUGCUGAUAUUGAGGAUGAGUGGGUGAAUCAGCCUGGUGGUCCGUUGGCUCACAAGUGCAAGACUUUGAUCCAGCCAAGCAGGCUCAUAAUGCUCACUGCUCAGCGUUUUGUCCAGACUUUCUUGGGGGGAAACUAUAUUGCUUUGCAUUUUCGAAGACAUGGAUUCCUUAAGUUCUGUAAUGUGAAGAAAGAGAGCUGCUUCUUCCCCAUCCCUCAGGCAGCAGAGUGCAUUCUGCGAAUAGUUGAGAAGGCUAAUGCCCCAGUGAUAUAUUUAUCUACUGAUGCUGCCGAUAGCGAGACAAAUCUUCUCCAAUCCUUGGUUGUAUUCAACGACAGGCAAGUCCCCCUCGUGAAAAGGCCAGAGCACCACAGUUCUGAGAAAUGGGAUGCCUUGCUGUACAGAAAUCACAUGGGCGGAGAUAAUCAGGUCGAGGCGAUGCUAGACAAGACGAUCUGUGCACUAUCGAACGUGUUCAUCGGAUCGUCAGGCUCAACCUUCACGGAGGACAUCAUCCGGCUACGGAGGGGCUGGGGCUCGGCGUCCCACUGCGACGAGUACCUCUGCCGGGGCGAGCUGCCCAACUACAUAGCAGAGCAAGACUGAGAAAGCAAACGUCCUAGGAACAUCCGUAGCUGCAAUUUUUCCCCCGUCAUGUCGAUAUGUUGUGUAAAUUGGCGGCGUGUACAUCUAGUGUGUGGUUCGUGAUAGAGAGGCGGCGUCCAUUGAUUUGUUCGGUGCUACAUUGUUCUUACUUACACGGCUAGGUAAUACGAAGAGCAAAAUAUCAUUGGAGUAUUGAA